AAAAUAUCUAAAUCGAAAGUAAACACAUGUGGGCUCGUGUUGUGGUUUCGAAGUAUUUCCAAAGAGUUUUCAGUUCUGAUGCAAAAAUGCAGGAAGAGUUAAAAGAAAUUGUUCUAUGUACAGGGAAUAAAAAUAAACUAAAGGAAUUCAUGCAAAUACUAGGACCAGACUUUCCUUACAAGAUCACUAAUGUCGAUGUUGACUUGCCGGAAUUUCAAGGAGAACCCGAGGAAGUGGCCACAGAGAAAUGUAAGCUGGCGGCCGAGCGGUUGAAGUGUCCAGUAGUGACCGAGGAUACCAGUCUCUGCUUCAAUGCUUUAGGUGGACUCCCGGGUCCCUACAUCAAAUGGUUCCUUAAAAAGCUAGGACCAGAAGGUCUACACAAGAUGCUUAGUGGCUUCGAGGAUAAGUCAGCUACAGCAAUGUGUAUUUUAGCCUACAGCUCAGGUGAAAAAGACUCUGAGGUGAAAUUAUUCUGUGGGAAAACCCCUGGGGAGAUUGUGGCGCCCAGGGGACCCAAUGAUUUUGGCUGGGACCCAUGCUUUCAACCUGAUGGUUUUAAACAGACCUAUGCAGAGAUGCCAAAAGAAACAAAAAACACUAUUUCACACAGAUACAAAGCUGUUGAACUCUUUAAGAAGAAUUUCCAAAAGUAAUGAUCAUAACAAAUGUAGACAAUACAGGAAAUCUUUGUGAAAAAGAAAAUAUCAGAAAAUGGGUUUAUUCUGUGCUGAAGAAGAAAGCAACCACUUUUGUAACUCUUUUGUAUAUUAUAAAAGUUGACAUUUGUUGUUUCUAUGUCAAAAUGUCAAUUUAUCUCUGUUCAGAAAAAAAACUUUGCAAAUUAUCAAGAAUCUCAGACUU